CACAAGAACAUCAGAGGAUUUAUGACCCAUGGUGGAAUGCUGAGUACCCAAGAAGCUACUUAUCAUGGGGUUCCUGUGAUCGGCUUGCCCAUUGCAGCUGAUCAGCACACGAAUAUGGCCAAGGUUACGGGGGUCGACUCAGCAGGGGUCGUAUUGCACUGGGGAUUGAUAACAGUUGAUGAUAUAGUUUCCGCCGUCAGACGAAUCUUACAGGAUGAAAAAAUUUUGGGAAGUGUCAAACGACGGUCGAGACUAUUCCGAGACCAACCGAUGACACCUCUGGAAAGAGGCGUUUUCUGGACAGAAUACGUCUUGAGGAAUGGGUACGACACCGGCCUCAGAUCACCCACCAGGAAUUUGUCGUGUGUUCGUUUUCUGUUUGAUUCGACUGAAAAAUGCAUUGUUUGCAUCUAA